AUGUCCUUCAAGGACUGCUUUCAUGAGGUACGCAAGGCCGCCACGGAGCAUCUUGAGGGAUACCAUCGUAGUGACGCAGACAAGGGGCUGCAGCACAUACCACGCGAGGAGGCUCUGGCAUCGAUCUCCCUUGUAGCGAUUCGCCUCCUGGAGCAGGAGUUGCAGAAGCGCGGCGCCGACGAUGACGCCGCUCAGCACGAGCUGCACGCGCACCUGAAGAAAUGCCGUAAGGCCCUCAAGUCUCUCAGCGCACACUCCGUCGCCACUGCCGGAGAGGAAGGUGCCUCAGACAGGAAGCGUCACCGGUCAGAGGGGAUCGCUGAAGUGCCAACGUCCUCCUCCUUGACCCGCGGCACCGCUGCAGCAGACCAGCCGGGGACCACCAAGUCGAUUGACCUGGGGCAAUACGCCUCCUCCGGCGCCUUCGACCAGAACGAGCAGAAGCGAAUGAAGUUCGCGCGCCUCAUGGGCGGGGUAAAGGGAACUACCCAAGGGACCGGCGGCGCUGGCGCGCACUCGCGCCAUAAUACUUUUGCCGUGAGCAGCGCAGAGAUGAAGCGUAUGAACGCGAGCCUUGAGUCGCAGUUUGAGUCUGCUAUGCAUCACAAGGGAAAGAAGGGGCUCGGUGCUUAA